AUGAUGGUGUACACUCUAAAUGUUUUCCUGCUCUGCUCUUUGUGUGCUGCACAGGUUAUUAAAAUCACUCAGCCUGUUUCUUUCCAGUCAGUGAAGCCCGGAGACUCAGCUACUAUCCAAUGUCACAUAAAGAGUGACAUGUAUAAAAGAGUGUGGUACAAAUUGACUACAGGGAAGACGCUGCAGCUUGUGACAGCGUUUGAUUCUCACUAUGAGCAUGUUGUUUUUGCUGAUGAAUUUCAACAACGUUAUUCAGUCAAAUUUAACAGCACCAGCAGUCAUCUGGACAUUUCUGCAACAACAUGGAAAGAUGUUGGCACAUACUACUGUGGAGUGAUGAAGUUAAAUGACAUUGAGUUUGGACCAGGAACCUUUCUGAUGCUAAAAGGUGCAAAGAUGAUCAGUGACUCUGUCAUCCAGAAGCCAGAGUCUGAGUCAGUGCAGCCAGGACGCUCUGUGACUCUCAGCUGUUCUGUUCACACUGACCGCUGUGCAGCAGAACACACUCAUGUCCUGUGGCUGAAAAACUCUGACCAUUCUGAUCCAGAGAUGAUUCACUCCUCUGGGAAUAAAAACGACACCUGCCAAAGGACUGAGACUGGCUCUGGAGAAGCUACCUGUGUGUACCACCUUCUUAUGAGGAACCUGAGCUCUGAUGAUGCUGGAACCUACUACUGUGCUGUGACUUCAUGUGGAGAAGUACUGCUGGGAAAAGGGACCAGAAUUAAAAUGAACAGUGGGGCGAGCAUGAACUCUCCAGAGGAUGUCUAUUUCAACGUUUACUCAUUCAUCGUCUUCCUGGGUGUUUUGGUUUACCAAAAUGAAGACACCGAUUAUUUCCCUGCUUCAAAGAAGAACAAGAUCAACAAAUGCAACAGAUUAAGCAGACAGAGCGGUGACAUCUGGAGUGAAUGUAUCUACUUCAGAAUAAAGCAGUAG